CACAACAGCGCGCAAGCACACUGCACCGCGAUUUCCAAAAAGUUGCUAGAAGUGGUUAUCAUUGUUUGAUAUUAUUUGGAAAUAAGGUAGAAGUUAGUAGUUGUUAUUAGUGAUCACAAUACAGAAAAACAUAAGAUAACCACAAUGGGCCGGAAAUGCUGCGUUCCGGAAUGCAACUCGAACUACGACGCGAUACGGCGAUUAGGACAUGCGACUAUCAGUACGUUUAAAUUUCCCUACGAUCCAGAAAUUCGAGAGCGCUGGAUAAAAGCGGUGAACAGAUGCGUCGGAUGGAGGCCAAGUCAGACGGCUAGCGUUUGUAUUAAUCAUUUCCGGCCAGAAGAUAUAUUGAAGUACGAAAAACCUGCCAAACUGAAACCUACCGCUGUGCCAACGAUCCUUCGAAGAGAUCAGAACUCGAAUAACACACUGGUUAAACGUGGCAGACCAAAAAAGAUCGAAUCAAUUAUAGGAGAACAAGGCAGAGGUCCGCGUAUAAAUCAUAUCAAAACACCAGGUAGGGCACAGUUACGAGAACAAUGUGUGAAACCGGUGGAAGGAAUGAUCCUUGGUUUUGAAAGCUUUGUUCAACGACUUUCCGAGAAAAACGACUUCGGCAAUUGGCGCUAUCAUCGAGAUCGUAACGUGGUACAUUUUUAUUACCUUCAAGAUCAAUCGAAUGAAAAUGCAAUUCGAAUAAUAAACAGUAUCAAAGUUUUCGAUGAUAUGAGAAUAAGUUUAUUUCUAAAGGAAGUUAAACAGGCUGACAAAGCACUACGAUGGGUGCUAGGAGAUAAUACAAAAAUGUAUCGUUGGUCACAGUUCGAGACAAUUUUACUAAAAUAUGAUGCAAAAUCGUGUAGUAUGGAAAAUGAAUAUCCACAGAAUGCAAACUUGAUAGAAAACAAGGAUAAUUUACAAUCUCGAAUCGAGGAAGAUGACGAAAAUGGUUCUUGGCAGAAGUUGGAUGUAUCAGAUAAUGAAAGCUAUAUUACUACGAAUGUGCAAGAGACGUUCAAUACUAGAAAAGAAAUUGAAUUUUUAGUUGUACCAUCAACUGAAGACUGUAACAACCAAGCAAAACAUGAAAAGCAGAAAAAGAAUCCUCUACAUGGAAUUGAAAAACGCGUGACUGCACAAUCAGAACACAAUGAACGAAGAGAAAUGAAAGAAACGAUUCGUUCUAUAAAGAAUACGAAACAUAAAUGUUUCAUCUGUGAUCUGGAACAUGAAUCAAACGAAGCUUUCGAACAGCACAUCCCAGAACAUAUUCCAAUGUUACCCUAUCGCUGUGAUCGCUGUGUCAAUAAUGAAGUCACCAUAAAAACGUUAGCUUCUCUCAACAAACAUUUCCUUAUGCAUCUGAAGCCGUUGAAGUGUGGACUCUGUGACGUGAGAUUUUUAAGCUACGGCGCGCGAUUGCUGCACGAACAAAAUAAUCACGAAAAUAGCGGGCCUAUAUCGUGUGAAGUUUGCGGAAAAGCGUUGCGAUCACGAAGGGGGUAUCAACAUCAUUUGAAGAUACACAUCAAUCCGGAGGCGAUGAAAUGUCAACUCUGUCAUAAGCAACUAUCCUCCGAAUACGAACUGAAAUUGCAUAUGCGUAUUCAUACGAAGGAAAAACCAAACAAAUGUCCUUUCUGCACAACUUCGUUCAACAGAAUAUCAAACUUGGUAGAGCAUAAGCGUCGUUUUCAUCAUAAGUUUAAAACUAAUGAUGAGUCGCACAAGACUGAAGAAGUCCGCACCAUGAAGAAAAAACCAAUCCGAAUGGUGAACUCGGUAUCAAUUACAAGUGGACAAAUAGAAUACCGUUGUAAAAUUUGCGACGAACGAAUGCAGACCCUAUCAAGCUAUCAUUCACACAUGAGAAAACAUCGGAAACAAUAUCAGUGCAGUUAUUGUGGCAUUCGGUUUGGUCAACUAAGAGAUUUCAUCGAUCAUGAAAACACGCAUACUGGCAAGCGUCCCUAUCAGUGUGAGGUAUGCUCGAUGAAAUUCCGCACUUCCUCCACGUAUUACGGCCAUCGAGCCGUUCACUCGAAGAAAAAAUUCCCGUGCAAAGAGUGUGGUCAACGUUUCAGUCGGCUUCGGCAUUUGGUCGUUCAUUCCAAAAUACAUACCACGACGGAAAAUGGAUAGUCUUCAUUCUCAUUGUACAGUAUGCAAUGAAUCUACGGUUCCAGUAAAUCAGUAGAAAUCAAUUCUGUUACCGUAUAGCCAAUCUUAUUCAUAUUUGACUAAAGCGACUUGCUGGAUGGAUAUCCACAGAAUGUAGCAAACCGUUUUUAGUGCACAAAACAAAUAUUCUAAGGCAAUUAGGAGCAGAGAACACAAACACUGUUACGCCACAAAUAAAGCUCCGUACCGCGGAUUCAACUACAGAAAUAAAAUCGACCGAUCAUUUCAUCA